UUCCAUGGCAGUUGCUCCUAACUGACAUGUGGUGGGGAGGGGCCAGGCCCCGCCCUUUGCUCCCAUUGGCCAGAGCCUUCCACGGCGGGGAAUGUUCCAGCCAAUAGGAACUCAGGGGGCACUAAGUCCCCUGCCCCCUCAGAGUCUUUGGGGCGCAGUUCUGACCCACAGUCACACUGUAUGGGAAUGCAGAGCUCAUAUGGAGCCGGUGGGGGGGAGAAGGGCGCCCCCGAGGGGUCCCGGGGGUAUUACCGCACAGCCCCCUUUGACCCCCGCUUCCCCAACACAAACCAGACCCGCAACUGCUACCAGAACUACCUGGACUAUUACCGCUGCCUGAAGACACUGGGGGCGAAGGGAAAGGACACCAGGCCGUGCCAGUGGUACUACCAGGUCUACAAGUCCCUAUGCCCCAUCUCCUGGGUGAAGCGCUGGGACGAGCAGCGGGAGGACGGCUCCUUCGCUGGCAGGAUCUAGGCCCAGCUGCUCCUGGGGGUGCUGGGGGGGGGGGGCAAACCCACAGGCCCUGCCCUGUGGCGAGGCCCUGCCCCCUCCGGCACAUCCUCGCUGGCUCCUCACAGACCCACAAUAAACCUG